AUGCUGCAGCAGCUCCUGAUCACCCUGCCCACCGAGGCCAGCACCUGGGUGAAGUUACAUCAUCCAAAGAAGGCCACGGAGGGGGUGGCCCUGUGGGAGGAUGUGACUAAAAUGUUUAAAGGAGAAGCUCUGCUGUCUCAGGAUGCUGAUGAGACCCAGGGAGAAAGUUUAGACAGUAGAGUGGCCCUUGGACCCCUGACAGCAGAAUCCCAGGAACUAUUAACCUUCAAGGACGUAUCUGUGGACUUCACUCAGGAGGAGUGGGGGCAGCUGGCCCCUGCUCACCGGAAUCUGUACCGGGAGGUGAUGCUGGAGAACUAUGGGAACCUGGUCUCAGUGGGAUGUCAGCUUUCCAAACCUGGUGUGAUUUCCCAGUUGGAAAAAGGAGAAGAACCAUGGCUGAUGGAGAGAGAGAUUUCAGGAGUACCAAGUUCAGACUUGGAGAGCAAAACAAAAACCCAAGAGUCAGCCUUACAGAAUGAUAUUUCAUGGGAAGAAUUACAUUGUGGCCUAAUGAUGGAAAGAUCUACAAAAGGAAGCACCAUGUAUUCCACCUUGGGAAGAAUCUCCAAAUGUAAUAAGCUAGAAAGCCAACAAGAGAACCAAAGAAUGGGUGAGGGGCAAAUCCCCUUGAUGUGCAAGAAAACAUUCACUCAGGAGAGAGGCCAAGAAUCUAAUAGAUUUGAGAAAAGAAUUAAUGUGAAGUCCGAAGUUAUACCAGGACCAAUAGGUCUUCCAAGAAAAAGAGAUCGUAAAUAUGACACAUCUGGAAAGAGAAGCAGAUACAAUAUAGAUUUAGUUAAUCAUUCAAGGAGUUAUACAAAAAUGAAGACCUUUGAAUGUAAUAUUUGUGAAAAAAUCUUCAAACAGCUUAUUCACCUUACUGAACACAUGAGAAUUCAUACCGGGGAGAAACCUUUCAGAUGUAAGGAAUGUGGAAAAGCCUUUAGCCAAAGUUCAUCUCUUAUUCCACAUCAGAGAAUUCAUACUGGUGAGAAACCCUAUGAAUGUAAGGAAUGUGGGAAAACCUUCAGACAUCCUUCAUCACUUACUCAGCAUGUUAGAAUUCAUACUGGGGAGAAGCCCUAUGAAUGUAGGGUAUGUGAGAAAGCCUUCAGCCAAAGCAUUGGACUGAUCCAGCAUUUGAGAACUCAUGUUAGAGAUAAACCUUUUACCUGCAAAGACUGUGGAAAAACGUUUUUCCAGAUUAGACACCUUAGGCAACAUGAGAUUAUUCAUACUGGUGUGAAACCCUAUAUUUGUAAUGUAUGUAGUAAAACCUUCAGCCAUAGCACAUACCUAACUCAACACCAGAGAACUCAUACUGGAGAAAGACCAUAUAAAUGUAAGGAAUGUGGGAAAGCCUUUAGCCAGAGAAUACACCUUUCUAUCCAUCAGAGAGUCCAUACUGGAGUAAAACCUUAUGAAUGCAGUCACUGUGGGAAAGCCUUUAGGCAUGAUUCAUCCUUUGCUAAACAUCAGAGAAUUCAUACUGGAGAAAAACCUUAUGAUUGUAAUGAGUGUGGAAAAGCCUUCAGCUGUAGUUCAUCCCUUAUUAGACACUGCAAAACACAUUUAAGAAAUACCUUCAGCAAUGUUGUAUGAAAUAUACUAAACAUCAAAGAAUCUAUGUUGGAGCAAAAGAUUCGAAAUCAGUGGUUCCCUGAUUUUUUUAUUUCCAAAAACACAUUUUUAAAAAAUGGUUUGGCA